AUGAUACAGUCGGGCCCAGGGGCAGAUCUGCUGGGUGUGGAGGCCAGGAAGCGUUCCACAGCAAACAAUCCGGAGAACGGCCUCUCCAGAAUCCUGAGGCUGCUGCUGCAGGAGCUGAGUCUGUUCUACAGCCGCGAUGUUGGCGGAGUGCGUCUCCUGUAUGACCUGUUGCACUCCCAGUGGCUGCAGGCGCUACUGAAGGUUUAUGGCUGCCUCCAGGAAUUCAGAGAAAAGAAACCGGUUCCUGUCAUGCACUGUGCACAGCAGCUGUCCUGGGAGGUGGUGGAGCUAUUACAUGAAAGCCCUAAUUCCCUUGAGAUCCGAGAGCUGAGACAAAUCCUCCAGGCUCCACAUUACAAGGCCUUGCUCAGUGCGCAUGACACAGUGGCACAGGAAGCCUUCGAGCCCCUCCUCCCACCUCUGCCAGACAGUCUCCCUGAGAAUGAAGAAGCAACCCGGACCGUUUGUUUGGUGAAAAAUCAACAGCCCUUGGGAGCUACCAUCAAGCGCCACGAGAUAACAGGGGACAUUCUGGUAGCCAGGGUCAUCCACGGAGGGCUGGUUGAAAGGAGUGGGUUGCUGUAUGCUGGAGACAAACUGGUGGAGGUUAAUGGGGUUUCUGUUGCGGGGCUGGAGCCUGAGCAAGUGAUCCAUAUUCUGGCCAAGUCUUGUGACACAGUCGUGUUCAAGGUGGUUCCAGCUUGUGACCCUCCUGUGAACAGCCAGAAGACAUUUCACGUCCGCGCCAUGGCCGAGUACCGGCCCCGCGAGGACCCCGCCAUCCCCUGCGCCGACGCCGGGCUGCCUUUCCGGAAGGGCGACGUCCUCCAGGUUGUGGACCAGAGCGACGCCCUCUGGUGGCAAGCUCGGAAAGUCUCAGACCCGCACGCCUGCGCGGGGCUCAUCCCCUCUGUCCAUCUGCUGAAGAGGAAGCAACGGGAAUUCUGGUGGUCUCAGCCAUACCGGCCUCACACCUGCCUCAAACCAUCCAUAUCCGGCUUCCGCCGUAGCCUGCGCCUCUGUCGCAGAAAGUCCCACAGCGGGCAGCUGCGAGCCAGCCUCCGUGGCAUGGGCACUGGUGGCUGCUGCAUGGCUGUGGGGACUCUGUAUGAGGAGGUGGCCAGGUACCAGCGCCAUGCAGAGGACAGGCACCGCCUGGUUGUGCUUGUAGGACCUUCUGGUGUUGGAGUCAAUGAACUGAGAAGACAACUUAUUGAAUUUAAUCCCAGCCGUUUUCAAAGCGCUGUGCCACAUACCACUCGUUCCCCAAAGAGUUAUGAGAUGAAUGGACGUGAGUAUCAUUACGUGUCAAAGGAAACAUUUGAAAGUCUCAUAUAUAGUCACAGAAUGCUGGAGUGCGGGGAGUACAAAGGCCACCUGUACGGCACCAGUGUGGAUGCCGUGCACACAGUUCUUGACGAGGGCAAGAUCUGCGUCCUGGACUUAGAGCCUCAGGAUAUUCAAGUGGCUCGAACCAGUGAACUGAAGCCCUAUGUCAUAUUUAUAAAGCCAUCUAACUUGAGUUGUAUGAAACAGUCCCGGAAAAAUGCCAAGAUUAUUACUGACUACUUUGUGGACAUGAAGUUCCAGGAUGAAGACCUGCAAGAGAUGGAGGAAUCAGCCCAAAAGAUGGAGGCUGAGUUUGGCCAGUUUUUUGACCAUGUGAUUGUGAACGACAAUUUGCAAGAUGCAUGUGCCCAACUAUUGUCUACCAUAGAGAGGGCUCAGGAGGAACCUCAGUGGGUGCCAGUAACGUGGAUUUCCUGAUAUGGAGGCUUAGUCAGGCCUCUUGCUUUAAGCUGGAAGUCUAGCAUUGUUCCUUUGCCAGCAAUAACAGCAGUAGUCGACCCUAAUAAUAAUGUGUGUAACUUGUAAAGUGGUGGUUUAUUCAAUCACCCCUAUGUGAAGAAACUGUAUGGUCAUGUUUAUAGAAGGUAUCUUAUGUACUGCAUGGUUACAUAAGCAAAAAAAAUUCCUGUACAUUAUAUGAAACAGUGGUAGGAACAGGCAUAAUGCCCAAGAACCUUUCAUUGAUUGCAUAUGAUGGUCUUUGUACGAUUCUGAAAAAAAGGCCUCUCCUAAAUAAA